GCUUAGGACACCCUUUCUUGAUCUGUUAUUAUAUAUUUAUGGGUUUGAUUUAUAGUUCUGGCAAAAAAGUACUUCAUAGCAUUAUUUCACAUUAACCCCCCCCCCCAUUGGCUCCACUAUUGAUCUCUUUCCUCAUGGAUCCAAUAUCCAUUUUGUUCUGCUCCCCUCCUUUCCUCUACCUUCUCUUCAUUAUAUGGAAGUUCAUGGGCCAAAAGAGGCACCGAGGGUGCUACAUUUUGGACUACCAAUGCUACAAGCCAACCGAUGACCGGAAGCUCAGUACGAGGCUAUGUGGGGAGAUCAUUCGGAGGAACAAGAACCUUGGUUUGCACGAGUACAAGUUCCUCUUGAAGACCAUAGUUAGCUCCGGCAUCGGGGAACAGACGUACGCGCCGAAGGUGGUGAUCGAGGGACGCGAGGAGUGCCCGACGUUCGAAGAGGGGGUCACGGAGAUGGAAGAGUUUUUCUAUGAUAGCAUAGACAAGCUCUUGAAGAGGCAAGGCAUUUGUCCCUCGGAGAUCGAUGUUCUUGUCGUGAACGUGUCGAUGCUCGCGUGUAUGCCCUCGUUGUCGACUCGGAUCAUCAACCACUACAAGAUGAGGGAAGACAUCAAGGUAUACAAUUUGUCCGGAAUGGGGUGUAGUGCUAGUCUUUUAUCCAUCAAUAUUGUUGAUAGCAUUUUCAAGACUCGAGAGAAUUUGUAUGCGCUUGUCGUGACGUCGGAGUCUUUGACGCCGAAUUGGUACACGGGGAAUGAUAGGUCCAUGAUUCUUGCUAAUUGUUUGUUCAGGAUAGGAGGGUGUGCCAUUCUCUUGACUAACAAAUUAGGGUGUGAGAAGAAAUCCAUGUUUAAGUUAAAGUUUUUAGUGAGAACACAUACAGGUGCAAAAGAUGAAUCAUACAAUUGUUGCUUACAAAAAGAAGAUGAGGAGGGGAGGGUGGGGUUUCACUUGGGCAAAAACCUCCCUAAGGCUGCAACAGGGGCUUUCAUAGAGAACCUCAAAGUUGUUGCCCUCAAGGUUGUCCCUCUCAAAGAGCUCAUUCGCUUUGCAAUAUUGUCCACUCACAGAAAACUAUCACAAAGCUCCAUUAAAAGAAUAGUCCAGCCUAAACCCAAGCCUAUGAUCAACUUUAAGACUGGGGUGGACCACUUCUGUCUCCACACUGGAGGGAAGGCUGUGAUUGAUGGGAUUGGUCAGAACCUAAACUUGAGUGAGUAUGAUUUGGAGCCAGCUAGAAUGACACUUCACAGAUUUGGGAAUACAUCAGCUAGCAGUAUGUGGUAUGUCUUGGGUUAUAUGGAAGCCAAGAGGAGGCUCAAGAGUGGGGAUAAAGUGUUCAUGAUCAGCUUUGGGGCUGGUUUUAAGUGCAACAGCUGUUUGUGGGAGGUGGUGAGAGAUUUGGGAGAUGAAAAUGUGUGGAAAGAUGACAUUCAUAACUACCCUCCACAAAUCCUAACAAACCCUUUCAUGGAGAAGUAUGGAUGGCUCCAACAUGAAGAUCCAACCACGUUCGUGAUUCCAGAGGACUAUGUGAUCCCAUAAUCUUUCAUUCCCUCCCAUAUUUUUAUUUAUUUUUUAAAUAAAACAAAAGUUAAAGAAAGUACAUGAUCCAAGGUUUUUCUUCAAAUCUUUAAACUUAUAUAUAUUGUACUCAUAAUGAGCAUAGUCUCAUUGUUUAGAUCAAUUUGAUUUUAUUUUGGCUACAUAUGUAAGUAAUUAAGGUAUGUUGUACCCAAAACAUCUGUAUACUAUACGUUUAAAAUGAUAAUGGUAAUAAAAAAGUGUACAUUGAUGAUUUGAUACUAUGUGUAAUAUUCCUAAUAUGUUAAAUAUAAGUGUUGUAUUGGUGGGA